ACCUGGAGUCGAAAAUGAACUGGGGGUCCUUUUAUGCCGUGAUCAGCGGCAUAAACAGGCAUUCGACAGGCAUCGGACGUAUUUGGCUCUCCGUCAUCUUCAUUUUCCGUAUCUUUGUCCUGGUGGUCGCGGCGGAGAGCGUUUGGGGAGACGAGAAAUCCGGCUUCACCUGCAACACCCAGCAGCCCGGCUGCAACAGCGUCUGCUACGACCAGUUCUUCCCCAUUUCGCACAUCCGCCUGUGGGCUCUGCAGCUCAUCCUGGUCUCCACGCCUGCUCUCCUGGUGGGCAUGCAUGUGGCUCAUCGGCGCCACAUUGACAAGAAGAUCCUAAAGCGGGCCGGGCGAAACAGCCCGAAAGAGCUGGAACAUAUCAAGAACCAGAAGUUUCGGAUCACCGGAGCACUGUGGUGGACCUACAUGAUCAGCAUAGUCUUUCGAAUCAUCUUUGAGGUUGCUUUUCUCUACAUUUUCUACAUGAUCUACCCGGGCUUUAGGAUGGUGCGCUUGGUGAAGUGUGACUCGUACCCGUGCCCCAACACCGUGGACUGCUUUGUGUCCAGGCCCACCGAGAAGACCAUCUUCACUGUCUUCAUGCUGGCAGUCUCCGGAGUGUGCGUGUUGCUCAACUUGGCCGAGGUUGCGUACCUCAUGGGCAGGGCCUGCAAACGCUGCCUUCGCCGCACUGAGGAAGAGUCCAAAGUUGACUGGAUGAGUCAAAAAUUGUCUUCCUACAAACAAAGCGAGACCAGCUUGCUAGUAAAUAAAUACAAUUUAAAAAAUAGAGGCAGCUCACUGGUAAGUGCUACUAUUUGAGCUAUUUUUAGAACAGGCCAGCGGGCUACUCAUCUGGUCCUUACGGGCUACCUGGUGCCCGCGGGCACCGCGUUGGUGACCCCUGCUCUACAUUGUCUAUAGGUGUAAAUGUGAGUGAAUGGUUGCUUGUUUAUUAUAUGACCAGUCCAGGGUGCCAAAAAGCAGCUGGGAUAGGCUCCAGCUCACCAAUGCCGCUAAAGAGAACAAGCCGUAUAUAGAAAAUGAUUGGAUGGAUGCAUACUGUAGUUGUUACACAUGUACUUAUCAUGCUCUCCCUUUCUGUAAUGUGCCCUAAUAGGAACUUUGCAGAGGUAAACAUGUACGGUUUUCUUUUUUUUUUAAAAGACAGAAAAAUGUGUGGUUUUGUGGUUGUUUCUGCAAAGAAAUAUGUGCUUGGUUUGACUUCUAAUAAAGUGUGUGGUGACUUUU